AUGGAGAAAACGGGGCGAUUGGCUCAAAAGUGGAGACUGUGGCGAACACAGUAUGCAGAUUUUCGUGCGCUGACAGAAACGGACCGCGAAUUCAGCUCCGCACAAUUGGCUUUCUUCCGUCACACUAUCGGCCUGACUGCUCCGCUCAUCAUAAAUGGAUUCACGCACAGUCCGCAUGAGGAAAGUAAAGAUUGGCAGGAGGUGAUGUCGAAGAAGGAGCGGUACUGUUUUGGUGCAUCUGACGAGACUUAG